CUUCAAUGCGAAGGAAAGCGCCAAAAGUAAACAACAGAAAAUAAAUAGGAAAUGCACGUUGUUUAUUCAAACAUAAACUGUUUAAAGUUCUCCAAAAUCGAUUGCGUAAUUGAACAAUGCAUUAAACCUUGGGCCAUCAAAUUAUUAUGAUUUGUUCUCUGGAGGAUUUGAGACAAUAAUGUGACAGACAAAAAAUCAAACAUCUUGUGAAGAUACUGUGAUAAUACACUGAUGACAAGUGUAACAGCAUUUGUAGAAGGCUGGGACUUUGUACAGACCCUUGGAGAGGGAGCGUAUGGAGAAGUGAAGUUGGCUGUGAACAAUGAAACCCAAGAAGCGGUUGCUGUUAAAAUCAUCAAUUUGGAACGAAUGCCACAAGCUGAAGAGAAUGUCAGAAAAGAGGUAUGCGUACACAAGAUGUUGAACCAUGAGAGCAUAAUCAAGUUCUAUGGUUUCCGUAAGGAUGACAGCAUACAGUAUAUCUUCCUGGAGUAUGCUAGUGGUGGAGAACUGUUUGACAGAAUAGAACCUGAUGUAGGCAUGCCUGAAGUUGAUGCAAGUCGUUAUUUUAAACAACUCAUCAGCGGAGUAGAAUACCUACAUUCAAGAGGUGUUACACACAGAGACUUAAAGCCAGAAAAUCUGCUCCUGGAUGACUUUGACAACCUUAAGAUAUCCGAUUUUGGUCUUUCAACUGUGUUCCGGUAUCAGGGUCGGGAGAGAUUACUAGAGAAGUGUUGCGGUACUGUACCGUACGUAGCUCCGGAAGUUAUCAGUCGUAAACCCUAUCAUGCUGAACCAGCUGAUAUCUGGUCCUGUGGUAUCAUUCUGGUUGCCCUGUUAGCUGGAGAGUUGCCAUGGGAUGAGCCAACAUAUGGUUGCCAGGAAUACUGUAACUGGAAGGACUGCAAGAUUACAUUGAGUCCUUGGAAUAAAAUUGAUACCUUAGCUCUUUCAUUGUUACGAAAAGUAUUGGUGGAAAAUGCCAGCAAAAGACGUACAAUAGAACAGAUUAAAAAACACCAGUGGUAUAACAAGAAUUUCAAUAAGAACAAAGGUAGAUACCCUUCAAGUUCUCCAACAGAUUCACCCUGCGGUACAGGGCCAUUCAAAAGAAUGUGCUCAGGAGCCAGUAUGUCACCUACAAGUCUGGAACCUGAUAGUGACAUGUCACGUAUAUGUAGCUCUCAGCCUGAAUUGCCGCCAGUACCACUAAAGUCUCAGUCUGAAAACCUGACAUCAGGUGGAGAGGACCUCGGGCCUGUCAUCAGUUUCUCACAGCCACUUCAUCCAGACCAUAUGUUACUGUCUAGUCAAUUCCAGGGUACACCUGGCAGCUCACAGACCCCAAUGCAGAAACUUGUUCGUCGUAUGACGCGAUUCUUUGUAAAGACGGACAAAAAUGAUACAUUGACAGAGAUGGAUCGUAUCUGUGAGAGUCUCGGAUACGCCUACAGGAGGAGCAGUCCUGGUGUGACAACAGUAACAUUGAAAGAUAAGAGAGGGAUGCCUUUGGUGUUUAAGGCCUGUCUCAUGGAAAUGGGAGAAAAUCUGUUGCUGGACUUCAGGUUAUCUAAGGGAGAUGGUUUAGAGUUUAAGCGACAAUUCAUGAAAGUGAAAAACCAGAUGAAGAAAAUAAGCAGUAAAGUUCCGCCUUUGUUUCCAUUAGUACCAUCACAACAGCCAUUGUGACAUCUGCACUAACAUUGUAUCAUCCAUUGUCACUUGACCAUUUUGUCAUAGCAGUCAGUUUAACCUAAUUAUAGCAGUCAUUGCCUUGACACCACAGCAUCCAUUCUGACCUUCACCUUGGCAACAUGGAGCAAUCGUGACUUUGUAUUUACAUUGGAAGAGCCACUUGCAACCAUUACCUUGACAUCACAUCAGCCAUUCUGACCUUCAUUUUGACAUCACAGCAGCCAUUCUGACCUUCAUUUUAACAUCAUAGCAACCAUUCUGGCAAUCACAUUGACAUCACAGCAGCCAUUCUGACCUUCAUUUUGACAUCACAGCAACCAUUCUGACAUUCACCUUGACAUCACAGCAGCCAUUCUGACCUUCAUUUGACAUCACAGCAACCAUUCUGACAUUCACCUUGACAUCACAGCAUCCAUUCUGAAAUUGACCUUGACAUCACAGCAAGCAUUCUGACAUUUACCUUGACAUCACAGCAACCAUUGUGAUGUUCACCUUGACAUUGCAGCAUCCAUUCUGAUCUUUUAACUUGACACAGGAGUAAUGGUGACUUUGCAUUGGCAUUGGAAAAGCCGUUCACCUCAAAGUCACAGCAUCCAUUCUGAUAUUCACCUUUAGUACAGUGAUUGUUACCUUUUUUAUGACAUUAGAUUUUAGAUUUCCCUAGUAAUAGUUGCAGCAUCACCUUGCCAUCACAGCGACUAUUUUGAACUUUACCUUUCAACCAAAAGAAGCUCCCUUGAGCUUCACCCUCCAAUCACAGUAGCCAUUGGUACCUUUAUACUUUAAAUUCAUUAAUAUUUGUUAGGACUUAUUUUCAUGAAUUUCCUGGUUGUGUCAGUUCACAAAAUUAACAUUUGUUUAUCUUUGUAUUUUGUAAUCCAUGACUUGAAGCCCAUAUGCAUUAGCCAUUUUGAACAAAACAAUGAAAUGUUUUGCCAACCAAAUUGAAUGAAUUCACAGUAUUAGCAUUGCAUUAAAUAUUACUGUUAGAGUAAAUGUUUUUCCUUGGUUUCUCUUUAGACAAUUGGUUAAGGUUGCUGACUUCAAAUCACUUUCUCUUCAAAGUAUAGGUUCUAAACCUCAUUUGGGGUGUAGAUUUUUUCAUGUGAGGAAGCCAUCCAGCUGGCGUACAGAAGGUUAGAGGUUUCAACCCAGCUGUUCAGCCAUGCAUAAAAUAACACUCAGAGCUUCCCUUGUAAAAGCUGGAAAAGUUACAAUAUGACCUAAAUUGCAUCAGUGUGACAAACACAUCCUGGAGGCACACCUCAAAAACUGUCUAAUUGAUUUUCAUUGUAAUAACAGAAUGACAUAUGACCAAGGUCACUAAGUCCAAGAUCAUUGUUAUACUUGGAGGUGAACUAGCUUAAAUUUCUUGUCUGCGACACAUAUUUUAAAACACUGGAAGGGUUUUCAUGAAAGUGACUUGGUUGUUAAGAAUCAAGCUCAACCCAGGUUAUUAGGUCCAAGAUCAAGGUCACAUUUGGAGAUCAUAGGUCAAAUACAUUGUUUCUUUUAUGCUUCAUAUCCUUCAAACUGGCGGAAGGAUUUUUAAUAAAAAAAAGCAUCAGUUGUUAACCAUAUCAAAAUGAUUUGUAGAGUGCACAAAUCUUGUCACGGGGUCCAUGGUCAAGGUCAUACGUGGAGGUCAAAGGUCAUGAAACGGGUAUUGAUCAUUGAUCUACGAGUAUUGAUUACCUUCUGACUGACUGAUCUAGUUUUAGUCGGUUUUUGUCGAGCCCGCUUGCGGAUGCGAAGACAUAGUUGUCCAAAUGGUUGUUCGGUGUAUGUGCGUGCGUCCAUCCAGAUUUGUUUGUCCGGACCAUAACUUUGACAUGUAUGGAGCAAUCUUGUUUAUAUUUGGCAUGAAUGUUAAACUCAUUGAGACUGCGUGUCGUGCGCAAACCCUAGGUUCCUAUCUCAAAGGUCAAGGUCACACUUACAGGUCAAAGGUCAAAUUCAAAAAUGACUGUCCGGAGCAUUUCUUCUUCAUGCAUGGAGGGAUUUUGAUGUAACUUGGCACAAUUGUUCACCAUCAUGAGACGGAGUGUCAUGUGCAAGAACCAGGUCCCUAGGUCUAAGGUCAAGGUCACACUUAGAGGUCAAAGGAUACAAGAAUGACAAUUUUGUCCGAAGCAUUUCUUCUUCAUGCAUAGAGGGAUUUUGAUGUAACUUGGCACAAAUGUUCACCACCAUGAGACGGAGUGUCAUGCACAAGAACCAGGUCCCUAGGUCUAAGGUCAAGUUCACACUUAGAAGUCAAAAGUGAGAUACAAGAAUGACUUCGUCUGGAGCAUUUCUUUCUGAUGCAUAGAGGGAUUUUGAUGUAACUUGGCACAAUUGUGCAUCAUCAUGAGAUGGAGUGUCAUGCGCAAGAUCCUAGAAUUACUUCCCUUUGUUGUUACUAUAAAUAGCUUAUAUUCGUAACAUUUUUAUUAAUGGUCGUAGGGAAAAAUCAAGACCACUUUUCUGUAGUACAACAUGCAUGUUACAUCCAAUUUUCAGGUGAAUCUUGACCUAUCUCUACUGGUGAGGAUUUUUGUGUGGACUUAGAGUUUUAUUUUUUUUAGAUUUACGUCCCUUUGUUGUUACUUUAAAUAACUUAUAUUGUAACUUUUUGCAAUCUUUUUUUUAUUUGGCAUAAAUGUUUGCCUCAAUGAGAUAGGGAGUGUCAUGUGCAACGCCCAGUCCUUUUGACAGCUGGUAGGCUCGACAUGUUGCCCGUGGGCAUCUAGUUAAUUAUGCACUUUGUUAGUUUGUUAACUUGAAUUUAUUCAAGUGCUCUGUAGUCAAGGAAGCCCAUAUAUAUUUUGUGGGUUUACUUAAGUUUUGUAUCCAAAACCAUUUGCCAUCAUCUGUCUUAAAAACAAACUCUUCUUUAAGUGUCACUGGAAGUUUUCAAUGGCGGAUUUAUUUAGAUUAUAGAGGCUAGGUAGUUCUAUAUAGGUACCCCAUCUGUGUAAUGCAUGGUAGAGCAUCUGUGGUCUUCUUCCAACAAUACAAGCUGAAAAAUCGCUAUAUGACCUUAAACACAACAAGUCGAAUCAUAUCUGGAAUGGACUUUGGUCAGUUUCUGUCACACCUUGACCAGUGGUAAUAUGUCUAGUUUGUUUUAACAAUGAUGUGACUGUUGUUUGUGAUUACAAUAUAUAUAGUUUUGAUGAUAACAUGUAUUAAUAUAGGGUAUCACUUGUUAAACUGGUAUUUGAAAUUAUUAUAAAUAUGUAUGUAAUAAAAUGAUGAGUAAACUGUA